UAGCCUUUACUUUAGGUGCUCCUUUUGUAGUCCUCCUCCUCCUACUAAUUAGUUUGCUUAUAAACCUCUCUCACUUUCCCCACUCCAUUUUGACCCAUCAAAAACUUUGUCUCUCAUUUCAACUCAACCUCCUUCAUUCUGCUAUUUGUAACACCCAGUAUGGUACUUCAGACCCAUCAUCAGAAUUGAUAUUUCCCAAUUGGGUUCUUCUCUCUUCUCUCUCAGAAAUGAUUCUUUCCAACCCAUUCUUUCUGCUAGUGUUGGCGGUCUGUAUAUUCGUGGCGGUUCGUGUGCUUCUGUACAAAACAGGGUUGGUUUAUAUUGUGAAGAAAUGGUGGCGGGCGGUGGAGGACUGCUUCCAUGUCUACCAGUCGUUCAAAGUCCCGGAAUUCAACGAAAGUAUGCAGGAGAAUCAGCUCUACUGCAAGGUCACCGUUUAUCUCAACUCAUUGACCUCCAUUGAGGACUCCGAUUUCACCAAUCUCGUCACCGGAAAAAAGCCCAACGAGAUCGUCCUCCAGCUCGACCCCAACCAGACCAUCGAAGACGACUUUCUCGGGGCCAAGCUCACGUGGCAAAGCGAAGCGAGCAAGGGUUGUUCCAAUAAUUGCCGGAAUUUGGUGUUGAAGGUUCGGAAAGCCGAUAAGCGGCGGAUUCUGCGGCCGUAUUUGCAGCACAUCCACGUCGUCGCCGACGAGCUCGACCAGCCGAAGCGAGAUUUGCGGCUAUACAUGAACGUCGACGACUUCCCCAACGCGCGGUGGAGGGCCGUGCCGUUCACGCACCCAUCUACGCUGGAGACGAUUGCCAUGGAAGCCGACCUCAAAUCGAAGAUCAAGUCCGAUUUGGACUCGUUUCUCAAAGCCAAGCAGUACUACAACCGACUCGGCCGCGUCUGGAAGCGAAGCUUCUUGCUUUACGGCCCCUCCGGCACCGGGAAAUCCAGCUUCGUCGCCGCCAUGGCCAAUUUCCUCGGCUACGACGUCUACGAUCUCGACCUCUCUAGGGUUAAAGACGACUCGGAGUUGAAGAUGCUUCUUUUACAGACCACGAGCAAGUCGGUGAUCCUCAUCGAGGACCUGGAUCGGUUCUUCGCCGAGAAAUCGACGGCGGUCAGCUUCUCCGGCAUAUCGAACUUCAUGGACGGCUUGCUCAACUCGUGCUGCGCCGAAGAGAGAGUCAUGGUGUUCACGAUGAACUCGAAGGACCAGGUCGACCCGAAUUUCCUCCGACCGGGUCGGAUCGACGUCCACAUCCAUUUUCCGUUGUGUGAUUUCACGGCGUUUCGGAACCUAGCGACGAGCUAUUUGGGGGUGAAGGAGCACAAGCUGUUCCCCCAGGUGGAGGAGAUUUUCCAAUCCGGGUCGAGUUUGAGCCCGGCCGAGAUCGGCGAGCUCAUGAUCGCGAACCGGAACUCGCCGAGCCGGGCGAUCAAGUCGGUCAUCACGGCGUUGCAAACCGACGGUGAUGGGAGGGGGGCGGGGAAGAUCGGACGGCCUCCGAGGUGGUUCGAAACCGGGUCGAGAAAGUCAGGUGGGGACGAGUCGGGCGAACCCGUUGUGUUAUGUGGGGAAGGUGUGAAUACGGUUAGGGAUUUUAGAAAGCUUUACGGGUUUUUGAGGAUGAGAGGCAGCAAGAAUUCUCAGUCGUUCGAUGCGGGGUCGGAGCGGUCGGCGGGCUAAGGGGGCUGAUCCGACGGCUGUGGGAAUCUGAAUAUUUUGGUGGGACCAUUCAGGUGGGUGCGAUCGAGGUCGACCUGUUCGAUCCGGAUUGGAAAUGACAUGUCCUUUUGGUGGGGGGAGAACACAGAAUCAAAAAUGUAGGUUAGAAGUGCAAAAAUACAGCAUUUUAUAAUUAAUUUAAUACAAGCAAAAAACCCAACCAUUUGAUAUUUUGGGGGGGGAAUUUGAUAUUUGUUUAGUUAGAUUUGAUGCUUUGUAGAUAGGUGCUCAAUUGUUAACAAUUGGAAUGUGAUUCUGUCUUCUUCUUC